AUGUACAACUCAAUCGGCACGCGCGUCUUCCCGCCGACGAAACCGAAUCCUAAAACCGCCGGCCCAAACGUGUUACACUACCGUAUCCCACCCGAAGAACCGCCAAUCGAUUACACACUCCGGGAUAAGCCGAAAGUAAGGGCCGACUAUCGCGUUGUCUAUCCAGUCCACAAAGAACUACCCGAUGACUAUUUCGGCGAACCAACGCACCACAUCCACGAAGUCCUAGAAAAUGCACCAGUUCUGCCGCCCCGAAAAUUACCACCGAUGCGCGUGCGCCGAAAUACGACCGAGGAGACGGCGAGUAGGGUACUAGAAGAGCUGGACAGCGCGCUCGAGGAGGACGAGCAGCUGGACUUUGAGCAAGUGCGGGGGAAGGUCCAGGCGAUGAACCUAUCCUUCCGGCAAUAUCCGCGAGGUUAUGAUCCGGACAAUUACCCGGAAGACCCGCACCAGGGAGUGUUGGCUGAGGAAGUCAGUCAACGGAUGCGAAGGUUGGCCGUCUCACCGCCCGGAAGUACGCGUCAAGCUCCGAUUCUUUCUGAAUACGUGAUCGAUGAUCUGAAGGCCAUUCCUCAAGCCGCCCGCCCCAUUGGAGCAGUCCACGAGCUAAAUGAGCAGCACCGCUACGACGUCGAAACGAUGCGUCGCCGAGCGGAAGCAGACAUUUUAAGGGCCCGCCAAGUAUACACCACCGAGUUCUUUUUCGACCAGACCCCCGAAUUCGAACGCAACUCCCAGACGCGUGUGCCGGAAUGGAAGCGGAGGCUGAUCGCCAAACGAAUGGCAAUCGACGCGAUCAGACAGCACGAAGACAGAGUAAUGGAAGACUUCUACGAAUGGAAACGCCGCUACGAGCCCAGCUAUCGAGAAACCGCCCAUUUCAGCCCGAGCGCGAGCGCAAGGCUACCACGA